AUGGAAUUCGUGGAUGAAAAUUAUAGAGAUUUGUGUUCAACGAAAACAUUAUAUUCGACGAAAGAAGGUUUUUUAUGCGAUUUCUUUUUUUCGCUUUUACAAAACGUCGAUGAAAUUUGGAUUAAUAAAUUUUUUAAUAUGGAAACUUCGGAGGAAAAUAAAAUUCGAAUAUGUUGCAACGAUAAAAAGAUUUGGCCAAAGUUAAAUAAUUUUUUAAAAAACAUAACGAAAAUAUAUCGUAAAAAAUGUUUAGAAAAUUCUAAAGAGAAUAAAAUCCAAGCUGAUUUUUUAUUUAAAAAUGGCGAUUAUAAAAAAUCAAUCAUGUUAUAUAGUCAAUGCAUAAUAAGAGCACCUUGUUGUGAUGAAUAUUUACUACCGUUGGCAUACAAAGGGAGAGCAAAUGCUUUAUACAAACUUGAAAAAUACAAAGAAUGUUUAAACGAUUUAAAUAUGGCGUUGAAAGAAAAAUUUCCAGACUCGUUAAAAUAUAAAAUAUAUAAAGAUAUGGGAAAAUGUUAUUAUAAUUUAGGAGAUUUAAAUAAAGCUAAAAUAUCAUUGCAAAUAUCAGAUAAAUUAUUAAAUGAACAAUUGUUAAAUUUGAAAAAUUUAAAUCAAAGUGAUAAAGAAGAAAUUGAAAAAAUUAUUGAUAAUCUUACAUCUUCAAAUAAUGAUGAUGAAACAAUGAAAAAACAACAGGUGGAAAAUUUAAAUUUUAAUGUACCUUAUGAAGGAGAACCAUUACCCAAAGUCAGUGGUGAACCAAACGAAAUGUAUCCAAAUGCUUCGAACCUAUUAAAAAUAAGACAAGGUACAGAUUGUGGUAGAUUUGCUGCUGCUGCUAAUAAAAUAGAAAUUGGUGAUACGAUUGUCGUCGAAGAACCACAAACAUCGGUACUUUUACCAAAAAUGAAUUCAUCUCACUGUCAUCAUUGUUUCACAAGGUUGUUUGCACCCAUACCCUGUAAAACAUGUUCAGGUGUUGCAUUUUGUUCAGUACAAUGUCGCGAUUCGGCAUCAAAUACUUAUCACAGAUACGAAUGUCAACUUUUGGGGUUUUUCAUGGGUUCUGGAAUGAGUUUGAUAUCUUAUCUAUCGCUUCGAAUGGUGACACAAGAGGGUUUGAUAUUUUUCAAACAACUUCAUUCGAAAUUAAAACAAAUGGGAAAAUGUCCAGAAGAUUCUUGUGAUUUAACAAAAAGAGAAAAAAAUUAUUUAAACGUUUAUAAUUUGACGACGAAUUGUAAAUUGAGAACGAGUAAAGAUUUUUUCACGAGAACCGUCAUGGCGAUAUUUCUUGUCAAAUGUUUAAAAUUAACAAAUUAUUUUGAAUCCCCGGAAAAUAAAACAACAGAUGAUUUUAACGAAGAUGAAAUAUUAACGGCAUCGAUUAUUCUUCAUCAUUUGGAAUUGUUGCAAUUUAACGCUCACGAAAUAUACGAAACGAGAGUGGAGGAACUUUAUAAAACGGAAGAUUCGAAAACGGUUUUUAUUGCCAUCGGUGUUUAUCCAACUGUUGCUUUAUUUAACCACGAAUGUUCUCCAUCUGUCACCAGAUAUUUCAGUGGGAAAAACAUAAUCAUAAAAGCUGUUCGUCCAUUGGCGACAAACGAUAUACUAUCCGACAAUUAUGGACCACAUUAUGGUAAAAAAACUCUUCUGGAAAGAACGAGAGAAUUAACAUCGCGAUAUUGGUUUCGUUGUCGUUGUCAGGCAUGCAUUGAAAAUUGGCCAUUGAUACAAGAUAUAAAUGCAGAAGAUUUUAAAAUAAGAUGUACGAGUUUAGGAUGUCAAAACGUAUUUAAUUUACAAAAUAAUACGAAAAAGAAAAAUAAUAAUUUCAAAUGUUGGCAAUGUUCGAAAGAAAUCGAUAUGGAGAACGUUAAAAAAAAAAAAUUACAAGCUGAUGAUUUAUUUACAAAAUCAAUCGAUCUCAUGGAUGAUAAAAAAUGUAUUAACGCCAUUCCUUUUCUUAUAUCAUUUCUAAAUAAAAUUUUCAAUAUGGCCGUAGAACCGUGUCGGGAAAUUUUUCUGGGUCAGGAAGCUUUAAGAACGUGUUAUGCUCAAACCGGAAAUAUAUGGAUUUUGAACGAUUGA